AUGACAUUCCAGUGUGGGGGCACCCUCAUUUCGAGUCGCUAUGUACUAACAGCAGCCCAUUGUAUUGACAGCACACUUUUCAAAGUCCGCUUGGGAGAGCAUACAAUAUCAACUACUGAAGAUUGCCAACGCUUGAGAGGAAGGCAACUCUGUGCACCUCCAGUUGAAGAUUUUGAAAUUGAACACGUUUUUGAACAUGAGAAUUACUCGAAGGAGAAAACCCUUAAUGAUAUAGCGCUUAUCAAGCUAAAGGGGUAUGCAGCAACCAAGUUACACAUAAAACCCAUCUGUUUACCCAUAACUCAGGAGCUGCAAGAAGAGCCCGAAACACUGACACAGUUUAUGCUAACAGGCUGGGGUAAAACUGAAGUUUCGCCGUAUUCUGAUAGUCUUCUGGAAUCGAUUGUACCCAAAGUACCCCGAGAAAAAUGCAAGCGUGCUUACAACAAAGAAUAUGACUCAUCUAUUAUUUGUGCUGGAGACUUUUCUGGAGAUGCUUGCAAUGGCGACUCUGGUGGUCCAUUGACCAAUGUGGAGUAUUUGCAUCAAAGACAAAGAUUUAUCCAGUAUGGAAUUGUCAGCGCUGGUUCAAGAUCCUGCGGUAGCGAACGUCCUGGUGUAUACACCAAUGUGAGUAAAUUUCUUUCAUGGAUCGCUCAAAAGAUGAACGAAUCGUGA